UUAUCCUUACGACAAGCACAACAAGUCCCCAAGUGAAUUCUCCUCCGCGACAAAUACAUCGCCCUGGAGCCAUCCCAACCGCGACCGUCUACCAGCGCUCUUGGCGCGGAUAUGCGCGGAUCUCGAGCCCUAAACCUCCCCCCACCUCUGCAACCAUGAUUGUGCGGGAGAGCCCCAAGAGCGGAGGCAAGAAUCCGCCCGCGAAUUGGCCUCCAAAGAACCCGCACGAAGCGCUGCUCAGCUCACCGUCCGGCCGCCGCAAGUAUGAGCAGCGGCGCGAGCGCAACUCGGUUUCGCCGUCGCCUGUGAAGCGCCGACCGCAAUCGAGGGCGUUGUUGGAUGCGCAUAUGGGGGAAGAAGAGGAGGAGGAGGAGGACGAGGAGACGCUUCAGUUGAAGUUGGCGCAAAUUGAGGCACGCUUGAAGCUGAAGAAAUUACAAAAAGCAAGGGAAGCGAAGGAGCAGGCGGCGCAAGGUGGAGAUGGGGAUGGAGAUGGGGCUAGGACGGCUUCAAGGGCAAGCAAUGCACUGGGUUCGCGGCGGCCGGAGGCCUCCAGACCCCCGUCAGCAGUCGAGGUUCCCAUGUCCCCCGUGAGGAACCGACGAGAGCCGGAGGAGCACACAAGCCCUAGGAGAGUGCUGCUGGGAAUCGAUAAGGGACUACGGGCGCAGGAUGUUAGUCUCAAACGAGCGUCUAGUUCCAAGGUUGCCUCUACGGGCGUUCGAGGAGAGCGAGAGAUUCCCAAGAUCAAAUCGUUCAGCCAAAGACUAGCUGAAAGUAGGAAUCAGGACAGAGCACGAGAGGAGAAGCGAGCCAAGAUCGAAAAGAGUCGGAGUCGGGGCUUUGGGCUGAAGGAUCUGGAGAGUGAACGCACGCCUUCAAGGGCGGCGUCGUCACUGUCUGCCAGGGAGGCUUCGCCUUUCAAGAGAGAGUUGUCAGGAACAACCGCAAAAGGACCCCAACAACAGGAUGGUCAAGUUCCACGGCCCCUUUCCAGCCACUCCUUACGACCUGAGUUAUCCCGCGAAACUUCUGCAGCCUCGACUACCCCAUCGCGCCCGGAAUCGCGGUCUGCCACCGCAUCAAAAUACGCAGAAAUGGCACAGCGAGAUAACAGCACCGAAGCCCCCAGCUUCGACUCGUUCUCCCGCCUCCAUUUAAAGACGCGCAACAUGGAACACAGCAAGCUCACUCGUGUACUUGAUGGCAAGACCGUCUUUACCAUUCCGCAACUCCUCAAAACCGUCAGAGCCCCCGAGUACGAUCCACCAGACAUGGAAAACGACUAUGUGGUCUUCGGCGUCAUAUCCUCCAAAUCCUCGCCUCUGACGCCAAAGAAUGCGCGCUCGAACCAAUCCGUCGGUAACCAGGACGUCGACGCGAAUCAGAGCGGCAAGUUCAUGGUCAUCAGACUCACGGACCUGAAGUGGGAGCUGGAUGUGUUCCUCUUCGACACCGGUUUCUCGCAGUUCUGGAAGCUACCCCUCGGUACCGUCGUGGCGAUUCUGAAUCCAGAUAUCAUGCCCCCUCGCAAUCGCGACACGGGCAAGUUUUCGCUGAAACUGACAAGCUCGGACGAUACGGUUCUGGAGGUCGGUACCGCACGCGAUCUGGACUUUUGCCAUGCAAGGCGGAAAGAUGGCAAGGAUUGCGGUCAGUGGAUCGAUGGUCGGAAAACGGAGUAUUGCGACUUCCACAUCGAGCUGCAGUUGGAGAAGAGUAAGAGGGGUCGCAUGGAGGUCAAUACGAUGAGCGGGACGGGUUUUGGGAAACCGGGCGGCGGGAGAUCUGGCAUGUUUGGUGGGGCGGGAAGAGGAGGGGCGUUCAAGGGCGACCAGCUGAAGAGGGAGGGCAGGUUCCAUGAUGCAUUCUUACACGACACAAUGUACAUCACUCCGGGCGUCGGGACCGCUGCUAGGCUCCUUGACAGCGAUGAGCAGGGCUUCGAAAGAGGGGCCAGCCGCGCGGAGCGCCAUCGGAAACAACUUGCUGAGAGAGAGAAGGAACGGGAGCUGGCGAAGAAGCUGGGUGAGACUGGAAAAGGAGCGGGAGCUGAGUAUCUGAGGGCGAAGGGGGCCGGCGAUCAACCUCUUCCUGCACGACCUGAUGGCUCAUCGCAGUCAGAGCAGGGCACGAAGGGUAAUUCGAACUUGGCGAUUGAUGCUCUGGGCCUGCUUGGUCGAAAAGCAGAGGAUGUAUCUCUGGCGCCUGUUAAGCGCAAACGGCCGACAUCGAGCAAAUCCAUCACCUCGAACGAGCCAGUCGGUUGGAGUGGGGCCUUCAAGAGAGGUUUGCUCCUCUCUCCUACCAAGGGAGAGGCCUCGACAAGAAACGGUCGUGAAGCCAGUCCAGUGAAAAAGAGGGCCCGAUUGUUACUCCCUGAGAAGGGGAUCCGAGAGCCAGGAAGGGAUA